AUGACUGCUUCCAAAGAAAAGACCAAAGAGGCGCUGGUCAACGGCACCGAUCUCGACGAUCAGGCUGACCAGCGACCUCCAUCAUACCACAAUGAGGAGCAGCAGCUACAUCUCGCGUUGCCCAAGCUAUACCUUGGUGAGCCCAAGGAUAUUGGCAGCAUUAUAGCCAUGAAAACUGUCACCCGCGACCAGUGCAUCGCGCAUCUCAAAUUGCUUGCUGUUUUAGCAGAUCUACGGGACUUCAUCUCGAACCAGGAUGGCCUUUUUGAUCUCCAUGACUCUCAGGCCGAUAAAUUCGGUGAGGAGGCAGCCCAAGCAAAAGCUCGUAUUCGUGAGAAGCGCUGGGCUGUCUACGUGGCUCGUGCAGUCGACCGGUAUCACAAGUGGUGGUUUGCCGCCCUGCCUAGCUCGCGACCAUUCAUGACGAUGAAAGAUCAAGAGAGCCCGGCGUAUGAAGAAGUUACGAACUGUGAGAUGAUGAUCUUGUGGGAUGCGAAUAAUCUGCCUCCAAUCGACAUUCUAAUGGUCUGGCAUUCUCAUAUGCUUAACCCAAGGAACUUCCUAGAGGAUUGCAUUCGCUAUGGCAGGAUGAGUAUCUGGAGAACCGGAUUUCCAUUUAAAGCUGUCAAUGAAUGCAUCGAUGACGGCACCUUGGAGUAUGCCCCAAGCGAGGCUAGCCAACAGAAGUUCGAGAAACAGAUUAAUCUCAAAUGGGACAAUCUGCAAGACCCCUCAACCAAGGACCUUAAAUGUCCGUCCUGCAACAAGAAGACACCGGUCCCGUGGACUAAGGGUGAAAUAAGUUCAUCGCUCGACAAUGCAUUCGCAGAAAGUACUGGCUAUUCCGACAAAAGCUUUUCGGUCACUUGCAAACAUUGCCUCCUCACAAUCGACCACGGCUUGCUCAGGGUUGCCAAGUUCCGAUUUGACCUUCUCGAAUUGGUGAACCACGAUCUCCCUAUGCCAGGAACGCUAUUGAAUAUAAACGGAAUCCCAGAAGGUUAUGUAAAGGGAGGCUACAUCUCUCAUACGUCAAUGAGGUUUCCCAGCAAAUUGAUGCGAGCCUGCGGGAAAGACCUAGCAGCGUACACCGACGCCAGAACAAACUGGUGCCGAAACAUCGACGACCUCCGCAGUCAACUGGAGCUCAAAAUCCGCGACAAGAAAGCCCUAGCAGCGGCCUAUGGCCGUCAUAACGUAACCGUCCGACCUGCCGAAAAAGUGCACUUCCGACGCAUGAUGUCCCGAUACUGGGACAACUCCAGCCCAUUCGCACUUGACUUAGUGGGCGCCGUCAUCCGCCAAGGCACAUUCGUCCUAAAGAUGGAAAACAUAGACUGGCUCCACUCACCAGCAAUCACGGACACAGCCGACCGUCUAAUCAAGAAAUACGACGUAUUCCUCGGCAUCAUGCUCUCAAACCCCAAGCAAAUGGCCGUCCCAACACUCGACGUCGAUCUAGCCUGGCACACGCACCAGCUCCAACCGAGUCGCUACUACAAAUACACAACUAGUCGCUCAGUCGGCCCAACUCGCCGCUUCAUCGACCACGACGACAAAGUAGACGAAAACAGACUUUCGGAUGCGUUCCAGUGGACGAGUAAGAUGUACCGCCGUCUCACUAACGGCGGUAUCUACAGCGAGUGUACAUGCUGGUACUGCGAAGCGACAAGAGCACCAGAUCUAUACGAUCGCAUGUUCAAUAUUGGUUCUUCGUCUCGUGCACGCAACACUGCAGAUGCUUUGCAUGAUCGUGCAGACAUCUCUUCCGACCCGGAUAAGAACCCGCAUAUCUCUGCACACAAUGCUGUCCGUACGGCUCAUUCUGAUGCGGCCGCUGCUGUUAAGGCCAAUCUGCAGCGGAUUCGUUUGCAUCGGAAUUACGAGAAGGCUGUGAGGCGGGCUGAGAAGCAGGGUCGUCCAAGAUCGGAUUCCAGGACUACUAGGGAUGGGAGGUAUGAGCCUAUGUUCUAUGCGCCUUAUGCCUGGGGUUAUCCUAUGUAUGUCCCGUACUAUGGGCCGUAUAUGUGUGAUCCGGGUAUUAGUGCUAGUUCUUAUCCGUGUAAUCCGAGUUGUAUGAGUACUGCGUCUGGGGCUACAGGGAAUUGUUGCUCGGGAACUUGUGGUGGUGGUGUCGCAGCUGGUGCAUGUGGUGGUGCGGGUACUGGGGGUUGUUCUGGGGGUGGAGCUGCUUGUGGCAGUGGUGGCGGCGGUGGCUGUGGAGGAGGAGGAGGAGGAGGCGGCGGUGGAGGUUGCGGUGGAGGUGGUGGUGGAGGCUGUGGAGGUAAGAUCAUUCUGUUCUGUCUUCGCUUUGGGAAUCAAAUCUGA